UAAAUGGAAGAAAUUUUCCACAACGAGAAGCUUCGUCAUGUUCAUCGCCUCGCAGCGACCUGUGGCUUGAAGAAGCUCUCUCUCUCUUUGAAGACGAUGAGGUUGAUCGCUUUCUUCCUCAAUUCCAUGCUCGGAUGCUUCCGGCGGUCGACUCACCGAUCAGAUUCCACCGCAGCGGCGUCACCGCUCAAACAACCCGCCGAAUGCGAGGAUCUCGCGGCCAUCUCCGUCGUGGCCUAUGCAUCGGAUCAUCCGUCGCCAUUUGGCUCGCCGCCGGCGGAUCCGGAGAGCUGCACCAUAUGCUUGACCGAGUUCGCGAGAGGCGACGUCGUGAGGGUGCUGCCCAACUGCAAGCACACGUUCCACAAGGACUGCAUCGACCAGUGGCUGCCGUCGCGGUCGUCCCGUUGCCCUAAUUGCAGGAAGCGAACGAUAAAAAAGGAAGAACCGGCGAGGGGCGCUUGUAGCGCCGCCGGCGGCGGGAAUGAGAGUCCGUACGUGUUGAUUCUCCAGUUCGGGUUUGGUGCGCACCUGCCGGGUUACCUGUAAAAUGGGUACUCCGCGUUAUGUAUGUAUAAUCAAGUAUUAUAUUAUCAUUCAGAAAAAGAAUAUACAAUUAGUAAUCAUAAAAUAUAUUACUGGCUUUUUAAAUUUUUCAGUUUGUAUUUUUAGAUUGGGAAAUUUUUGGGCUGGUUGAUGAGGCAACCGUGAGCAUUAUGUAUGCAGAAGGCAGGGGAUGGUUUAUGGUUCUUUUCUGCGAGGAAGGGGAGAAUUAUGCUCCACUCUAGCCUUCUUUAAGUGGGUGGCAAUUAUAUAAUUUUGCGGGUGUCUUCUGUUUACAAUUGCCACUGAACUGUAAUUUAGUAAUCCAUAGUUCAUCUCAUCGAAUGCUUUGUUCUUA